AUGGACCCCCCAAGCAAUGAGCCAGACUCAUCGGGGCUUGGGUCCGAGCAGAGCUAUCCCCCACGAGUCUGUCGCAUCUGCUUGGAAACAGUAUGGCCAACCGUUCAGCCCUCGGAAUUUCUCCGAAGAUCUCGCUUGGUUUAUGAGUCCAGCGAUCCCGAAGCAGGUCGACUACUUCGCCCCUGCAAAUGCAAAGGAUCCUCGCGAUAUGUACACGAAGGAUGCCUGCAGUCCUGGCGACUAGCCAACCCCGGCUUUGGCACACGGAAUUACUGGGAGUGCCCGACUUGCCAUUUUCAAUAUCGCCUGGAGCGUUUGACAUGGUCUCGCUGGAUCAGUAGUACUGCCACCCAGCUUGUCCUCACGCUAGCCAUUCUUCUAUUGACUAUUUUCUUACUUGGAUUCAUUGCUGACCCCAUUAUUGAUUUCUACGUUGGCCCCUUGGACGAUACAUAUCUGGAGCUAGAUGAAGAGGCCUCUUGGCUUGAACAUUUCGUGAAAGGGUUUGCUGCUUUGGGAUUGACGUCGUUCCUCAGAGUGCUGUUUACCUUCUCGCCGCCAUACUGGAUCCGAGGCUCAGGUGUUGUGAGCAAUGGCCGGUCUACUGGACGCAACCGAGCUGCCAAUUUGAAUUGGCUAGUGAUUCUGGCCGGAGUGGCCACUUUCUUUUGGACUGUGUACAAAGGUGUCCGGUCUUGGAGCAAACGAACCUUACAGUGGGCGGGUGAAAAGGUCAUGGACGUUCCUUUACCUGAGGAUGAGGAUGAAGAUGAUAUUGUCCCCGAUGAGCCCUUGACCCAUCCCAAAGCCGAGUAA